UUCCUGAAGGAAAUGGCCAGACAAAAUGAUUCCACAGUGACUGAAUUUGUCCUUGAGGGAUUGACAGAAAAACCAGAACUCCAGCUGCCUCUCUUCCUCCUAUUUCUAGGGAUCUAUGGAGUCACCGUUGUGGGAAAUAUGGGUAUGAUCUUCCUAAUCACUUUCAGUUUCAAGCUCCAAGCUCCCAUGUAUUUUUUUCUUGGCAAUUUGUCAGCCGUAGAUCUCUUUUACUCCUCAGUUAUUACUCCCAAACUCCUGGAAAACUUUGUAAGGGAGAAAAAUGUUAUUUCCUACCCUGGAUGUAUGACACAACUUUUUUUCUUUUGCUUUUUUGCUACUGCUGAGUCCUAUAUUCUAACUGCCAUGGCUUAUGAUAGAUGUGCAGCUAUCUGUAGUCCACUGCUCUACAAUGUCACCAUGUCCCAAAAGGUCUGCAAUGUGCUUGUGACUGGAGUCUAUAUUAUGGCAUCUAUUGGAGCUAUGCCCCACAUAAUCUCCAUGAUUAUGCUUUUCUUCUGUAAGGACAAUGUCAUCCACCAUUACUUCUGUGACAUACUUCCUCUCCUAAAGCUCUCAUGCUCCACUACCUACAUCAACGAACUUCUGGUGAUACUUGUAGGCGGAUUCAAUGUGCUUGCAACAACUAUGGCCAUAAUAAUCUCUUACGCCUUCAUAUUGUGUAACAUUCUUCGAAUACCUUUAGCUGAGGGCAAAUCCAAAGCCUUUAGUACCUGUGGUUCUCAUCUUACAGCUGUUGGGGUUUUUUAUGGAUCCAUCAUAUUCAUGUAUUUUAAGCCAUCAUCCAGCAGCAACAUGGCCCAGGAUAAGGUGGCCUCUGUGUUCUAUACCACAGUGAUCCCUAUGUUGAACCCUUUGAUCUAUAGCUUGAGGAAUAAGGAUGUAAAGGAUGUGUUCAGCAAAAUCAUGGGUAUGAGGUAUGGCCCACUCCAGGGUAGUAAUCAGAACCACUAAAGGCCAUGAAAAUAGCCUACCUCUUUAUUUUUCUUAAAGCGAACUUCUUUUUCUGUUUCCUACAAUUAACACCCACUUCUCAUUUCUUUCACUACACUUAUCAGAUGUUUCCCUUUUACUGAAAUCUGUGCAUUCAUACACACCACUGUAUACACACAGACAUGCAUACAUCUAUUCUUUGAUCAAGAAAUUUUAUGAUAUUAAGAUUUAGUAGAUCCUUUUUGGUAAGGAUACCCAAAACCAAACAAACCCAUUGCUGUCAAGUUGAU